AUGCAUCGCCGUCAAUCAGACGCCAGUCAAGUCAAUGUCAAAAAAGAAGAAGAAGAAGAAAAGAAGGAAAGAAAAAACAGCAUGGCCAAACCCCCAAAACGUGCAAGUUCGACCAUCUACAGAGGCGCUAAGGCUAGGACUUCCAAGGUCGGGACUUGGCCCGAUCUACCGUUUUCCCCCCCUAACGUCGUGAGGAAGUCGCGGCGCUCUGCUUCGAUAUUAAAAGACGCCCGCUUGAGUGGCCUGCGCAUUCCUCAGACAUGA